GUCUUUUCCUCUUCAUCAUACUAACAAUUGCGUAAGAUCAUAGUCAAAAACUUGAUUGUCGCAUUCUCGUGCUUGUUACGUAAAUAUGCGCACCCCUCUUUUCCAGCAUAGCCAUAUACAUUUUCACAGCUUUCUCAAAAGUCAACGUUGUUAUAACAAUAUGGGCUCUGAAUUAUGGACAAACGUCUUGAAAAAACUUAUCUCCGAAAACAAAACAGAGAAAAAAGACUCGGACGCUGAGUCAUUUCAGUUGGCAACAUUACCGGCAAUUGGAGAAUGGUACCCCAGAGUUAGAACAGUAGCACUACGCGGAUUUGUUGGUUGUGGAUGGGACUAUCAAUCCACAGAAAAGGCAGCUCUCAAGACCGAUUUGCUUGUUUUCUCAACCGAUUUGUUGAUGAAGAAAUCUCGGAGUAUUAUUGAAAGACAACGUGAAACUCUUCGAACGAAAUCUGUGCUAAACGGAUAUGAACUCUGUAACUGGCUUCCUAAAACCCUCCAACAAAUGCGUUUGGCAGGCCAAAUAUGGAUUUAUUUACCUGAACUCUUGGCCAACGGUGAGUUUCCCGGACAUGAAUUGAUUCAGAAACAUAAGCUGCCAAACAAUGCAUCCGUUCCAGAAGAUUGGUCGUGGGAGAAGGAAAGAGUGCGUUUGUGGUCCAUCCAUUCGGCUUCGUUGAGAGGAACAUUUGCAUGUCCCGAACCAUACUCUCCUAUUGAUCCUAACUUCCACUAUACUCCUCUGCCCGAAAAACUCACGGGUGAUGAAUCAGAGACUGUGAGGAAGAACUGGGAAGAGGCUUUUCAUCGUUUUGCUCUCGUCGUUUGUGAGGUUCAACACUUUGAGCUGCUGGAAGCGGCUCCCCCUCCGGGAAGACAUUUUGUAACAAAACCCAUAAAUGGCGAAUGGGUUUGCGAAGAACUUAAUUAAUGAAACAAACCGUAAUGGAAUCAAAGUUUAUGAAUAUGAUGUACUACUUACUAUACUUUGAUAAUUUAGAUUAUCAUGAUGUACAUCCUAGCU